AAUAUUUCACCAACUUUUUCAAUCCCAUUUUACGUACGUGGCCAGCCCCUUCAAUAUCAGACCCGACCCGCCGGAUCGCCGCCUCUGUAAAAUUGCUAUCACCAUCAGCCAUAAGUAAAUUUGCUAGCACUGUAUCACCUCUCUAUCGCAAAAUUCUUCGUUCAAUUUUUUGAUACAAUGACGGCAACCACCAUGCCUCCUCCACCGUCCAAACCCGCCGCCGAAGAACCCGGCACCUCGUCAACAUCAACAUCAACAACGACGACGACGACAACGAUAGCCCCUAUGGCCCCACCCCCUCCCAAGAACCCUAACCCUGAAGCGAGUUCUGAAAACCCCUCAGUGGAUACUAAAGAACAAGACAAAUCAAAUUCCGUUACUCAGCAUGGCUCCGUGCCCUACAAGAUUCCUGAAUGGAGUGGACCUCCCUGUCAUAAUUUCUACUUCGAGGUCCUCAAGGAUGGCUUCAUUGUUGAUCAAUUCGACGUGUGCAAGAAGGGGGCUUACAUGUUUGGACGUGUGGACCUCUGUGAUUUUGUUCUUGAGCACCCUACCAUUUCUCGCUUUCAUGCAGUUAUUCAGUUUAAGAGAAGUGGAGAAGCAUAUCUGUAUGAUGUUGGCAGUACUCAUGGUACUUUUAUUAACAAGUAUCAGGUGCAGAAAAGGGUUUAUGUGGACCUACGUGUUGGUGAUGUCAUUCGUUUUGGCCAGUCAUCUCGAUUAUACAUUUUUCAGGGACCAUCUGACUUGAUGCCACCAGAAAAGGACUUGAAAAUAAUUAGAGAAUCUAAGAUCCGACAAGAGUUGUUAGAUCAAGAGAAUUCACUUCAACGAGCAAGAGUGGAUGCAUCUCUUGCUGAUGGUAUUUCAUGGGGCAUGGGAGAAGAUGCUGUUGAAGAAGCUGAGGAUGAUAUUGAUGAAGUAACUUGGCAAACUUAUAAAGGACAGCUUACAGAGAAGCAGGAAAAAACCCGUGAGAAAGUAACAAAGAGGAUUGGAAAGAUAGCUCAUAUGAAGAGAGAAAUAGAUCAAAUUCGUGCUAAAGAUAUUGCUCAAGGUGGGUUAACACAGGGCCAACAAACUCAGAUUGCUAGGAAUGAACAAAGAAUAACACAGCUCAUGGAAGAACUUGAAAACUUGGAAGAGACAUUAAACGAUAGUAUACGUGAAAGUAUUGGUGCGCGAUCUGGAAAGAUAUCUCGUGGCAAGAAAAUGGGAGAUGCAGAAGAUGAUGAAGAGUAUUUGAGUGAUGAUGAUGAUGAAUUCUAUGACCGGACAAAGAAGCGGGCGCCCAUUCGGAAAUCUGGUGAAAACCAAUCAGUUGAAACUGCUGAUACUCUUCUUGACAAGAGAGAUGCAAUCAUGAAAGAAAUGGAAGACAAGAAAGUGUUGCUUGAGAAAGAGAAGAACAAAAUGGCAUCAGAAACUUCAGUAGAAACUGAAUCUGGAGAUGCACUUGAUGCCUUCAUGUCUGGACUUUCAUCUCAGCUAGUGCUUGAUGAAACAGUACAACUUCAGAAGGAAAUAUCAACUCUACAAUCCGAACUGGAUAGGAUCUUCUACUUGUUGAAAAUUGCUGAUCCGGCUGGAGAAGCUGCUAAAAGAAGAGAUUCAAAAGCACAGGAGCCAAAACCCCUCAAAUCCGAACUGCCAGUUACUUCUGUCAAGAAGAAAGCUCCGGAGGAACCCAGGGAAAGUAGAUCAGGAGAAUCAGUAAAUGUCUCCAUGCAGAAAGAGACAACUCCAGUCACUCCUGUGGAAUCAAACAAGAAGCUUGAAGUUGACAAGGUUGUCAGUGAUACAAAUGAGGAGAAAACUGGUGCUUAUACUAUUGCAAAGCCUCAAUGGCUUGGGGCUAUAGAGGACAUCGAAACACAGGAAGCCCCAAAGGAAGAGGCUACUUUAAAUAUUGAAGAGCCUGAUCAAUUUGUAGGCUACAAGGACAGACAAAAAAUGCUGAGCAAAUCAGAUGAUGCUUUGCUGAAGGUGGACUCUAGGAUUGAGUCCACUACCUCUGGUCUGAUUCUAAGGAAAAAGCUCCCAGUUGAGCAGCCUGAAGGUAUUGAAAAUAAAGCUCUUGAUCAGUCAACGACUUCUUCUGUUGGAACUGAACUGAAGGCUGAGGAUGCUGUGGCACUUCUAUUGAAACAUAAAAGAGGGUAUCAUGGAGAAGAUGAUGAGGGAAAUUACAAGAGUGGAGAAAUGCCGGGUGAGAAUCAACCGAGAAAAGAUAAGAAAAAGCCUAAACGAGUGCUUGGGCCUGAGAAGCCUGCAUUUCUCAAUAGCAGUUCAGACUAUGAAUCAUGGGUGCCUCCUGAAGGACAAUCCGGAGAUGGACGAACUGCACUUAAUGAGCGAUAUGGGUACUGAAUUGAGAUGCUUGUAGUGCAUGACUUCCGGUUUAAUAAACUUCACUGAAGGGGCACCAAAAAACUUUACCGUGAGACAGUUGAGUCUAGGUCUAUAAGAUGCAACAACUGAAAUUAAGUUGAAGAGGUAUCAUUAGUAAUUUUUUGCUUCUAGGUGAUACUCUGAAGAUUAUGCCAUUAAUGUCAUUGAUCAAGUUGAAUUAGUAAAAAUUUUGAGAGAUCAUGUAUAUUUUAUUUUCUGUAACCCAAAAUUGACUGAUAGUUAUGGGAAGUAAUUGUAAAAAGAUUAUGUACAAAACUUAGGUUCUACAUUAAGGCAACUUGAGCCUAACAGUGUAUGCUCAACCACGGAUUGUAAUUUUUUCUGUCGGUUUGGUAGAUUCUCUUCAAUAUUAAAGUGCACUAAUGGUUCAGACAAGUUGUAUAUUUUAUUUUUAGCUUCAUUCUGUCUAUGUAUGCCAAUGUUUUGUACUAGAAAACAACUUUUUAAGUAGUAGAUGAAAAUCUUUAUGA